AUCACGAGGUCUCCAGGCUCCACGUGGUCGCCGGCUAAAAUGGCCGCCGGAGCAGCGACCCUGCCACAGGAGCCUCCCAAACUCGAAAAAAAAUCAAGCCCCAGGCAGCUGGAAAACAACAGCCACCAAUGGGGAACUUACAAGAGGAAGAGAUGCCUGUGACAGUGGGAUCAUAUGGCCAGUCCCAGCCGAGUUGUUUUGACAGAGUAAAAAUGGGCUUCAUGAUGGGCUUUGCUGUUGGCAUGGCAGCAGGUGCACUCUUUGGCACUUUUUCUUGUGUCAGGAUUGGCAUGAGAGGACGAGAACUGAUGGGUGGCGUUGGCAAAACCAUGAUGCAGAGUGGUGGAACGUUUGGGACAUUUAUGGCUAUUGGCAUGGGAAUCCGCUGUUAACUUGAAUUUCUUUUAUUCUUUUUUACCAUGAAGACUAAUGCCCGUUAGUCCAGAUCCUGCUAUGUAAAAUAAUAAAACUUUGUAUCAGGAAUAAGAUAAAAGUAUCUCAGCCUUU